UGCAAAAUGGCGUCUUUUGGUGUUCGCGGUUAGCGGCGUGUUUCUUGGUAAAUGCGAAACGAAUGACGCCUCUAGAUUUCCGGAAUUCAACAAAAAAUGAUGUUUUUAGGUAGUUACUGUGUUAUGACUCACGAAUCAUUGCAUUUGAACUUUGAAGAAAGUGCCCGCUCAUAGUGAAGAUGGUCUUCGUGGCUCCACGAAGCUCGGUGCUAUAACAUCGAACAAACCUCUUUCUCUGCACGCCCAGAUUUCAGUUUGCGAAGGUCAAAAUGCAGGUGAUUCAGACGCAGAACAUACCGAUGGCCCCCCGGUUCCAGUACCAAGGGGGCAGCCCUGGUGGUAUAGGAAGUAACAAAUUCAGCCCUGGUGGCUAUGGCAAGAUGAGCAUGGGUGCCUUUCGCCCCGGCGUUCAGCAGAUGCAGAGCAUUGAGUUUGAUGGGAAGCGUCUGCGGAAAGCUGUGGCUCGCAAGACAGUUGACUACAACACGUCGAUCGUUGAGUACCUAGAGACUCGCGUAUGGCAGAGAGACUACAGGGAUGCCAGGGCCAUCCAACCGGAUUCCGGCUACUACACACGGCUUGUUCCACCGCUGGCCAUGCUCCAGAACCCCAUCAAUGCGGUGACCACCAAAUUUGUGCGCACAUCUACGAACAAGAUGCGCUGUCCGAUUUUCUGUGUUGUGUGGACGCCUGAAGGACGUCGGCUGAUCACCGGCGCGUCCAGCGGAGAAUUCACGCUCUGGAACGGGCUCACCUUCAACUUUGAAACAAUCCUCCAGGCCCACGACUCGUCGGUGCGCUGCAUGGUGUGGAGCCACAAUGACACGUGGAUGGUGACCGGGGACCAUGCGGGCUACGUGAAAUACUGGCAGUCCAACAUGAACAACGUCAAAAUGUUCCAGGGUCACAAGGAAGCCAUCCGAGGCAUAAGUUUCUGCCCAACGGACACUAAAUUUACGACUUGUUCUGACGACGGGACAGUUCGUGUUUGGGAUUUCCUUCGCUGCUUUGAAGAGAAAAUCCUCAGAGGACAUGGUGCUGACGUGAAGUGCGUUGACUGGCACCCGCAGAAGUCUCUCAUUGUCUCCGGAAGCAAGGACAGCCAGCAGCCCAUCAAGCUGUGGGAUCCAAAGUCUGGUCAGAGUCUAGCCACCGUCCACGCUCACAAGAGCACCGUGAUGGAAGUGAAAUGGAACCGGAAUGGGAACUGGCUCCUGACUGCAUCGAGAGACCAUCUCCUCAAGCUGUUUGACAUCCGCAAGAUGAACCAAGAGCUGCAAACAUUUCGUGGUCACAAGAAGGAGGCUUGCAGUCUUGCGUGGCACCCCGUCCAUGAGAGUCUCUUUGCUAGCGGUGGUUCUGAUGGUUCCGUUAUGUUCUGGAUGGCUGGUGCUGACAAAGAGGUUGGUGCCAUGGAGAACGCCCAUGACUCCUGUGUCUGGUCCCUGGCUUGGCACCCGCUUGGUCACAUCUUGUGCUCAGGUUCAAACGAUCACACAAGUAAAUUCUGGACGAGAAAUCGUCCAGGUGAUAGGAUGAGAGACAAGUACAACCUGAACACUCUUCCCAGAGGAUUGGAUGACACUGGAGAAUACGAUGAACCAGCUACAACGCCAGCCUCCGCUGCUCCAGUGAUUCCAGGAAUGGGCUUAGAACAGGGCACAAUGGAUAUGGUUCGAGCUAUCCAAGAUCAGCAGAACCAGAGUGCAGAAGACGCAGUGGUUGACAUGAACAUUCCAGGCCUCGACUUUGGAUCUGAGGAGCAUGCCAACGCUGAACGGGAGAGGCACCAGCACAAGCGCAUGCCUUUUGCAAAGCCCAUUCCAAAACAGUUUCAGCAACAGUGGAUGGAGAACAAGCAACCUCUGCUUCUUGCACCUCCACCAGAUGGGGUCCUUCCUGAAGGAGAUGCCGCCGCAAACGCAAAUGCUCAGGCUCCUCCUGCUGGAGGGGUGCCUAACCUGAACCAACCUCCACCUCCCAUGAACAUGGGGGGUCCACCUCUGCCAGUGGGAGCUCCUCCACAAGGCAAUUUCAUGGGGCCUCCUCCGAUGGGCAGCAAUGUGGGAGGUGCCAACCCCGGCAUGCCGCCACCCAACAUGAUGUUCAACUUCAGGGGCAACAGCGACAAUGGCAGCAGACCACCCGCCCCAGUGCAGUUCAACCCACAAGGUGGCGGUUUCCCGCAACAGGGACCGCAGGGCGCCGACGGCGGUGGGCCGCACAACAACCAGUUCAUGGGGCAUCCACCCCAGAUGAUGCCCAUGCAGAAUAUGCAACCGCAGGGAGGCGGAGAAUGGCGUGGCAUGGGAGAAAACUUCAACCAGCAGCAGCAGCAGCAGUACGGAGGCCAGCAACAAGGGGAGAACUCAGCCGGCAAAGGUUUCUUCCAACAGCAACAACAGUCGGGGGGCUUUUGGAGAGGAGGGGGCAGGGGAGGAAGCCCCAACAAGCAAGGGGGAGGGGGCAUGGGGGGACCAAACAAGGGAUGGUACCAAGGGGACAACCAACCGGACCACGACGGAGGAGGAGGCAUGAAGAGGGGCUGGGGAUCGGAAGGGGGCGAAGGCAGCGAAGGUGGAAUGCCGGAGCCCAAGCGCGGUGGGUGGGGAGGCAGGGGAGGACGAGGUUGGGGCUUCGGUGGAAGGGGCGGGAGGGGCGGCUUUGGGGGGAGAGGAGGCGGUGGUCGGGGCAUGGGGGGAUUUCGUGGAAGAGGGGGACGAGGUGGAAGGGGACACUGA